UUGGAAGACUCCAGUCCGCUGCCCAGGAAGGGCUUCGAUAAAUCAUUGAGGGAUUUUAUUAUUACAAUAUAUUUUUACUGCGCAUGCUCACUUCAGGUCAGAAAUGUGCAGCGAGUGAUCGGUGCACAGUAGCGCCCCCAAGGGGUAAACUGGGGCCAGGCAAAACAAUCUCCCAAAUACACUGCUCCCGUCACUCCAGCCAAAAGAAGAAAAUAACUUCGUGCUUAUGACUUCAGUUACAAUUUAACCUUGUUUUGUGUUGUGCUACCAGAACAUGUUCACUGUAGGUAAGGUCCUUUUAAACAUCCUACGUCCGCCGUACCUUGAGUCGCCGGAGAAAUGAGCUGAGUGAACAGAUUAGUGUUGUCUUGUCUCUAGAGGUGGAGGGAGGGGUUGGCAGCAUGAGGACGCUAGUGUUUGCUCUUUAAGUGAGCCCUCUGGUGAUGGUUACCUGACCUUGCAACAACAAGAAGAACAAAUUACAUCAGCGAGAGAAACUGAAAAACACAAUAACUUUAUUUAAAACGAUUAUGAUUUAGCUUUUUUUUUAUAACAAUUAUUUGCAAUUUGGGUACUUCUUUGAAUCGUCAUUCUUCACACUAUCACUGAUGAAAAAAAUAUUUUGCAAUCAUUAGUAGGUCUAACCCGUUUGGGAUUCGUUUUGGCAAAAAUAAACGUGAAUUCCAUAAAAGUAAAACAAUAACAAUAGAAAGCAAAUCCAACUAUAUAGACUAUUUGUAUAGCUGGAAGCAGGUUUCGUCAUCUACAAAUCUCUUCCUCAGGAUGUUACAACUUAAUAAUGUGCAAAACGUAGUAAAGCCAAUGUAUAUUGUUAUAACUCAUAUAGCAUGGCCGUUGUUUUGAAUGGGACAUCCCGUGGUAGGCAAUCAAUUAAUCUCAGGGGCAGCGUAUCCUUAAAUCGCUCUCGCGCGCCUACUAACCAUCAGCAGUAGCCUGGUGACUGGAUGUCGUCGCCGCGCGCGCGGAUCAUUUGUUCGAGCUCGUUAUCUCUCGCGUCACUUGUUUCCAUAACGGCAGCGGACGGCGUUCCCGUCUGGAUGCAGUGAUUGAAAACGCGUUUAAAACUUUUAUCUCUCAUGAAACCACCCGACGAGGACCGAACGCGAGGAUAAAAGCUGUUAUUGCGGUCAACUUUCCCCCUAGCUUGACUUCUUUUUGUGUUGUUGUUCAUGGGAUUCCUUUAACAGCUGUCGCCGACGCGAGGUAAGUAGUGACUUUGCAACAAAAAUAUCAAAACAAGAUAAAAAAAACAGGAUGGAUUCGGAAGAAUUACCUUUCAACCUCCGCUUUUAUUCUUGACCAACAGAAUUUAAAAGCAACACACAAAGACACACACUUGAAUACACACCUAGGGUCACGAAAAAAAAAAAAACGACCCAGGAUUUCUCUGCUGGCCUCCAACCCGCAGCGCCAUGGACCCCGAGCAGAAGGACAGCAGCUCACCAAAGGACAGCGAGUCCCCGAACGACAUCGAUGCUUGUAAACGAGCAUCGCCCAAAGAUUCGCCGGUCGACGCCGAUAGCGAGCCGGCGGCGGCGGACGUUGCCGUGGCGGCGGACGUUGCUGUGGCGGCGGAGGACGAGGAGCCGUCCGCCCACGUGUGCGGCGUCUGCGGCCGCAGCUUCCCCCUCCUCAGCUCGCUCUCGCAACACAUGAGGAGACACACCCGCGAGAAGCCCUACGAGUGCCCGUACUGCGAGCACCGGACGGCCCAGAAGGGCAGCCUGAAGGCCCACGUCAGGAGCCACAAGCUGGGCCUGCUCGGCCGCAGCCCGGGGCCCGAGGGCGCCACCACGGAGGGGGCCCCCGGGGGCGGCGAGGACGCCAGCGCCAGCGCCGGCGAGGUCGCCGACAGCUCCUCGGAGAAGGAGCACGGCGGCGUCGAGGGCGGGGCCACGAAGAAGAAGAAGGUUCCCAAGAGGAAGGCGGGGCGGGGCGACGACGCGGACGCAGCCGGGGAGGAGGAGUCGUCGGGCAGCAGCGGCGGCGGCGGCGGCGCCAACGCGCCCGAGGAGGCGGCGGAGGAGGAGGGCGCCGGGGUCGGGCCCUACCCGUGCAGCGUGUGCAGCCAGGUGUUCCCCCAGGCGGCGCUGCUCAAGGCCCACGCCAAGAAGCACAAGGGCGCCCAGGACCACGGCUGCCGGAUCUGCGGCCGGCGGUUCCGCCAGGCCUGGUUCCUCCAGAGCCACAUGCGCAUCCACCGCGCGACCAAGGCCCCGCUGAAGGGCGGCGGCGACCGGGGCACGCAGCCGGCCACCGUCAACGGGGCGCACCGGGACCCCGCCGCGCUGGCCAACGAGGAGUGCCUCUACGAGCUCUGCGCCGGCUGCGGCAACUUCUUCUACGACCGCCAGAGCCUGCAGGCCCACGAGAAGCUCCACAAGCCGGGCCACGGCCGCGGCCAGGCCCAGACCCCCCCCCAGCAGCAGCAGCAGCUGGACACACCCGUGGACCCGGAGGCGGUCGCGUCCAAGGAGGACUUCCUGAAGAGCCUGAACCUCCGCUGCGUCCGGUCCGAGGAGCCGGCGGCGGAGGACAAGGAGCCGGCGGGGAGGAUUAUGGAGCUGGACCCCAUAUGCAGCUACCAGGCCUGGCAGAUAGCCACCAAGGGCCGGCUGGCGGAGGUGACGGAGAGAGGCCUGGGCUGGGAGGAGCGGCUGGCGGACGCGGAGGUGGCGUACAACCGGGAGAAGGGCGAGUACGUGGCGCUGAAGGUGGACAAGAAGAGGAAGCAGGGCGACGUGCCCGCCGCAACCUUGAAGAAGAAGAAGGCCGGAGGGAGCCAGGAGCACCCGGCCAUCAACGCCUUGAGCGGGAGUAACGGGGGUCACCACGGACAGACGGACCACACCCUGUUCAACGGCCUGGGCCACGCCUUUUAUGUGGCGCUGCAGAAGAAGAAGCUGAAGGAAGAGGCCCAGGUUUCGGCCAAACAGAACAACAGCAUCAGGAAUCAAGGUCAGAAAGAUAAGAAGCCUUUGUUCUGCGAGCACUGUGACUUCCACGCGGUGGACGCCAGCAGCCUCAGGUCUCACGUGUGUAAGCCGCGCCCGGACCAGCACAGCGCCCCCAAGGGCCUGGAGGACCACCUCCGGCAGAGCGGCUCCAAAGACUCUAAAUACAUGGACUACCUCAGGAACCGCAGUGCCCUGCUCAGCCAGCCCUACUGGAGCCCCUUCGCCAGCCUGCCCGGCCAGGACUGGACCGAGCUGGCCGUCAAAAAGGAGAAGAGCGAGGCGUCCGAGGGGGCGGCGGGGGAGGGGGGCACCGCCAUCAAACCCGUCCCCAUCGACGGCGCCAAUCUAAUCAACCUGUCCUCGCUUCCCGUCCCGGACCCCCCCGCCGCCGCCGCCGCCCCCGCCGCCGCCGCCGACCCCGCGGGGGAGACCGGGGGUCUGGUACGCCACCAGUGCCCGUACUGCGCCCACACCACCAACUACCCGGAGGUGCUGUGGAUCCACCAGCGCGUGGCCCACAGGGUGGACGGGGCCAGCUCCGUGGCCCCCCGCUGGGCCCCCUGCCUGGGCGGGUUCAAGGGCUCCAAGGCGGGCGCCGGCGGCCAGUGGAGACGCACCGGCCCCCCGCCUUUCCUGGAGGGCAAGGACUGCCCGGCGCUGCCCGCCCCCAGGACCCAGCGCACGCAGGCCCCGGAGGCCGCCGCCCCCGCCCCCGCCACGGCCAGCACCGCCACCACCGGGAGAGCUACCGGCAGAACUGCUACGAGUGCCCCCGGUGGCACCGCCAGUAGCACCACUGCCACUAGCUCCGGUGCCCCCGGCUCUGGCAGGCGGUCGACGGGCAAAACUCAGCCGGGCAACCCCACGGCGGUCAAACAGAGAACGGCCCCGGCCCCGUCGAAGGACUCCAGGUCCUCGGACGGAUCGCCUUCCUCCGGCAGGAAGAUGGCGCUCCUGCCCCCGAAGAAGAAGACGUCCAGCAGCGAGCGGAGCCAGAAGGGGGAGGAGCCAGGGCGGAGCAAGUCCACCGCCGCCGCCACCGCCGCCACCGCCGCCACCGCACAAGCCGGCUCCUCGUCCGGCAGUAGCGCCUACCCCGCUCACGGCGGCCCGGCCUUCCGGUCCACCGGCAGCCCCAAACACAGGGGCCACCGGGUCUCCGUGGAGGGCCGGCUGCUCCCCCAGGAGGGCCUGGGCUUCAUGCUGGCCAGGAACCACGUCCACAGCCCCUCGCCCCAUCGCAGCGGCGGAGGACACGCCCCCACGCGCGACGCCAUGAACGCCGCCGCGGCCGCCUCAGCGGCGGCCGCUAAAGGUCGCGACCUCUGGUCGGCCAUGAACAUGUGGGGGUCCCAGCGGGACCGAGCGUACGCAGAGCCCCCGCUGUACGCUCAGGGGAAGAGCGAGGCGCAGCCGGAGACGCCCAUGGACAUCGACGUGUUGAGCCUGCUGAAGAGCUACAGCCCCCACGACCUGGCGGCGCUGUACCAGCACUGGGGCUUCGUGGACCCCCGGAUCGACCCCCAAGCAAUGUUACAGCUAAAUGGACAUUUUGUGAAUGAAGUCCACUCUGCCUCUGAAGCUUCCAGACAAGUGAACAGCCACACCACUUCCUCCUCGGGGUCCCUCCAGAAAGGAACGUGAAGACACCCCCCCCCCCCCCCCCCCCCCGGCCCCCCAAAGAAACGACACAAGCAACGACUACCAAACAAGAGGGCCUGCUGCUCGCCCAAGGAUAUGACAACAGCCACUACCUCUCAUGGACUCGGGGGGGAGGGAGGGGGGACUCAAUCGAUGCAAAACAAACUGACGUCUCCUCUUCACUGUUUACGAACAGCCAGCUGAUUGACUCGAACCUGGAGGGAGAUUUGUACGACGCUUUUUUGACAUGUUUUCCGUCGCGCUUGGUAAGUUUUGGAGGCCAAAUGGCAGUUGGUUCAUUACAGAGCCCGUUGUUUGGUCUUCCCUUUCAGGGAGAAGGAGUUGUAGUUGUUGUAAAGAAGGCCCUUGUGGAUUCUAUGUGGAGUGGGUUGGCAAAAAGAACUACAAUGAUGGACUCCCUUUGCAGAAGACUCCCCAGGUGGCUGCGAUUAGCCUUGAUUGGAAGGCGUGGAUAUCCUCCCAAACGGUGUGCGCUUGUUGACGAGACAAAUGACCAAACAAAGGUUGGAAGUUUUUGUUAAUAAUCCAUUUUAAACAUUAGUGUAAAACGAUAGGGUUUGAAAAGAUGUACCUGUGAGUUCUAGGCUGCUCUGCGACAAUUCUUUGAUUGUAUAUAUCAAAACACUUUUCAUUCUGAGAGUUAUUUGGAUGUUUUCGGUUAAAUGUGAAAUUUUUGUUUGCUUUAGGGUCAGUAAAGGAUUGUCGAAUGGGUCCAAAUCUGUAAAAUACAAAGUACAAUCAAAACCUUUUUUACUUUAUUUAUAAUUACUAAGACAUUGACCUCAGAUUAGACAUUUGUAGUCUUCAGAUCUUAUUUGUAGACCAGGAGAUUUAGAAAUUCAAGAUUAAUUUAGUUAAAUGUGUUUGAAUGUUUCCAUGUCAGUUGGCUGCACAGCUGGGCAGUUAGGUUAGUGUUGAUACAAACCUUUAUUGACAAAGCGUCAACACAAACUACCAAUGUUAAGUGGUUAGUCACUGAUCCAAGGGCUAACUAUGCCAACUGAAACCAAAACAUGCGUCCUUUGAAUGUGUUGCAUUCAGACGUCCUAAAGCACUGAAUCUGCUCUCUGAUUGGUCCAGAGUUGCAUAGUUUCAGCACUAUGCAUUGUGAGGCCAGUCAUGGGAAAGGCUUGGCUUCUAUCCUUCUGAAAUAUUUAUCAAAAAAUGUUUUUACCACAUGGAACUUUUAUCAGCAAUGACACAACGUUGUGUUCUCCAUAUUAACAAGACUAUUGGGUAUUUUAUUUUAUCAAAACGCUUUGCAUAUCCCUUAUAGACGAUUUUGCCAGUACGUAACAAAGCCAUAUGAAGGGAUGUUUCAUUUUCAAGUAUUUUCGAAGGUCGUCCACACAGGAUUAGUGUCAGGGUAGUCAAGAGGUUUUAGUGCCUUGCCUAAGGGCACCUAUGCAGUGUUUUGGCGUGACUGAUGUCAUGGCACAAUCUGCUGUACAUCUUACUCAUGGACCUACUGUAUCCUGUCAGACCUUCCUGGAGUCUAGCAGUUACCUUACCUUGGUUAUGACUGUGCCCUUGAGCCAGUAAUCAAACGAUGGGUAAGUGGAACAUAGUUUAGUGAAAUAGCUAAAUACCGACUUCAAAUUCAUAGCUGAUUUGCUCAUGGGCUUCAGACAUACACCUCUCUGCUAGAGUUCAUGACGGCUAAUAAAACAUUAAACUACAGCCAUAACUGAUUCCAAAUCGUACCAAUGCUGUUACAUGUGUCAGAUGUAUGUUAUGGUAGAACAUAAAGGUCACGUGGCAAGACUUUGUUUGUUUAAACCGCGGGUUACAUCAUUUUGAUUCCCUUUUUUAAAUUGUAAAUAAAUGGUGGCAACCGAAGCAUUUGCACUAUUUUAACAUUGGUUCUGCGAUGUAGCAAUGUGAUCCUAUCAUCACUUGACGACGACGCUAGAAAGGUUCCCAAAUAUUAAGCAAUAUCCACUGAUGUGGCAUUUAUUAAUAGGAAUAUAUCUGCAGGUAAAAUCGAAUUUGUUGACUUUGUAAACCACUAGUUUUUGACUUGUUGAUUUUCUUUUAGAUUUCAGUUAUAUUUGUUUUAUAUGUAUUUUGUUUGCAGAUGUGCUUAUUUGUGAUUUAGUUUGACUUAAACAUUGUUUUAUUUACUUUAUGACUUCUGGUGUACCAGUCGUGUUAAUGAAAUGAAAUAAGCCAUGAACUGAAGCUUGGAUUUUUUUGGAAAAAUGCAUUAUUUAUUAAUAAAGUAUUGGCUUAA